AUGUCCCGACCCGCUACCACUCUCUCCGCACGCCUUCGCGCCCGUACGAUCUCACUGUCCAUGACGCCUGCUCAGCGCCCAUUCUCACUCAAUGUCGACGCAGCGAAAGCACGAGUGGCGCAUUGGGAACCAACCUUCCCUUUCGACGCUCUUCGCUCGGACGAAGAACAGAACGACAGUGAUGGUGAUGGUGAUAAUCAAGACGGCAGCGAGGACAUUCAGAACUGUACGACGUACAGCGCCUUCGAUCCCCGCGCGUCGCGCCCGUUGCUCCUCCUGCAUAGCGGUGUGGAUAUCUCGGUACGCCCGCCCACGUCGACUACUGCGGUUAUACCACGUGCGGUCAAGCCGUGGCCGUACUCGCUUCCUGUGUAUCUGAGACCGGGAGUUGGUACGACGUUUGCGAUAAUGCACACCACUCUUGAGUCUGCCCGGCUUCCUGAGACGGAGAAGGAUAUGAAGAAGAAGGAGAAGUUGCCCGCGCAAAUUGGCAUCUUGCAAGCUGUGCUAUACGGUGUCCCUGAUCCGGAGGAGUUUUCUUACGCACAGGCUGUUGUGAAGGACGGUGGUGUUUUACAUAGAGUUCUUUAUGGGGUUAAGGAUCCCCAGAAGGGCGGAGAGCAUGGUGGACUUGUUGGUCGGGUUGAGGCUGUGAAGGCCAGCGAGGAUGCUGCUGCUGCUGCUGUGCUGGUGAUCCGAGAGGUCAAGGUCGAUUUGGAGGAUAAUAUUGUCGAGGUCAAGGGAUCUGAGAUUGUUGCCAAGUAG